AUGGAAGAGGAGGUUGUGCGAUUAGGAGUUGAGCUCUCGGUCUCUGUGGCUGAAACGAUGUUCUUGCUGUGUGAUGACAUACGCACUCUGUUAUGCUUCUGCUUGAGGUUGUAUAAAUACGUAGUACCGCAGCAGGGUGCCGUGUCAGAAAGGCUGCUUCUUGUGAUUCACCAUGUCUACUCGAAAGAUAUCAAACCCAAGAAUGGAGUCUAUCGCAACGGUGACGGCAAGUCUGCACAAUGGAAUCUUAUCAGGACAAGUUGGAACGAUUAUGUUUGCGGAAUCUUAGUUUUGCAACGCCUUGUUAUGGUUCUCAGAAGAACAGAUUUCUGUUUCGAUGAUCGGCUGUUGUUGUCGGCUAUUGAAAAAUACAAGCGACAGCUGAAGAGCCUAGAGGGUAAACUGAGGUCCGCUAGGGAUGUUUCAGAGGCCAAUGGGUUUGCGAGGGAGAAGAUAGAGUCUGACACUUGUCACUUUUGGAAGUCUCUCUUCGAUGAAGAAGGUGGCGAAGUAGUGAUAACGAAAAGCAUUCUUGGCGACUUGUUUGAGCCGGAUUUGGAUGUGGAUAUGGAUACGGAGAUAAGGGCACUGCCCCUGUUUUCUCCUUACGUUUUAGGGCGGGGUUUUGCAAAGGAUGAGCUACAACACGAGGCUGUGCGACUAGGAGUUGAGCUUUCGCUAUAUGUGGCUGAAUCGAUGUUCUUGCUGUGUGGUGGCAUUCGUCGGAUGUUAUGGUUCUGCUAUGAGUUAUGGAGAGAUGCAAAAAGGGACUGGAAUCGCAAUAGUCCCGUUUUGGAAAGGGUGAUACGCGUGAUGCAUUAUGUCUAUUUCAAAGAUAUCGAACCCAAGAAUGGAGUAUAUGAUCCUAAUGCUCCCGCCUCAAUCCUUGUGAGUCUGGCCAGACUGACUUUGCCUAGUUUUGAUGAUGUAAUCAUAUCUCUGGAUGCGCUUGUUGCGGUUUUUAGCGGCAGAGGGGGAUUUGGACGUGGCCGAGAGAUUAUCUCUAGGAUUGAACGAGAGCUCGGGAAAGUAGAUGACAAGUUGAGACUUGCCAAGUCUAUUUCAGAGGCGAAUGGGUUUAGGAUGGAAGCGAUACAGUGUAGCCUUUUUGCCUUGUGGGAGUCUCUCUUUGAUAAAGACGCCAAGGAAGCAACACAGACUCUCAAAGUGAUCAACCAUGACCUUGUUCUCGACCUGUUUCAACCUUUAGUGAACGAAGUUGCACCACAACCUUUACCUUUUCUUGUCUGA